AUGUCCAGAAAAAAGGUAACAUCUUUAUCAAUAAAAGAAAAAAUUCAAAUAAUUAAAGAAAUUGAAGAACAACAGAUUGCAAAAAAAAGAAUUUGUUUAAAAUAUAAAUGUGAUAUUUCAACUGUAAACCGUAUUUUAAAAAGGAAAGAUGAAAUUUAUAAAGCUGCUGGUACAACAAAUUUAAAGCAAAAAAGAAAUCGAAAAGGCCUCCAUGAUAAUGUUGAAAAGGCACUGAGACAAUGGUUUGAUCAACAGAGAAGUAAAGGUGCUGUUGUAAGUAGUAUGGCACUCCUGAAAAAAUCUAAAGAGUUUGCAGUAGAGCUAGAAGAAGACUUUGAGCCAGACAAAAAUUGGCUAUUUAGGUGGAAGAGACGUCAGAAUAUUAAAAUUCGUCCAAUUCACCGGGAUUAUAUACACUGCUAUGGACAUUUAACUGAAACCGAAAUAAUUGAUGUUAUCGCCAAUGACAACUCAGAUAUUGGCAUAGAAAAUGUACCCGAAGAUGAUGAAGGCGAUGAGGAGCUACCAACAGAAAUGAACUUAAAAUAUGAUACUUUUAUAAAACAAGAGUUUUUAAAUGAUGAAGACGACCUACUAACAACUUUACCUAGGUCAAACUUAAAUAUACUGGUUAAAAAUGAACCGAUCUCAGAUGACAUUUCACCAUUGGUAACGAUAAAAACUGAAGAAUUCUUGGAAGAACCAUUAAUAAAGGAAGGGGUAACAGUUAAAACUGAAAAUCAAUUAACAGCAUCCGAAAACAGUUUUAUAAUCUAUGAAUUGGAAACACCGCCGCCAUCAACUCGCACACUACCUCCACAAAUCUUACAAAAUGAUAAACAAAUAAUUACAGAAUCAAAACAAAUAAGUCCGCAAAUGCAAGUCUUAUCUAUACCACAACAUAAUCAACUGGCCAUCAAUACAAUUCCAGCAGUAAAAUCCCAUUUGCAACAUAUACCCAUAAGCAAUAAAACAGUACCUGCAGUAACAUCAUCCCCGCCAAUUUUAUUAAAUUCUCAAUUCAGAAAACGUCAUAGGGUGAUAUUACCAGCAAACGCUAUACAUAAAAAAACACGUUACAAUAUUGACAGUACUACCACUGAAUCAUUAGCCACACAAUCUGUUAAAAGAGAUCCUAUGAGUUCCACAAAAACUUUAAAUAAAUGUCGAUUAUUAAAUACAGGAAGCAGAAAAAUUAUUAAUCAUUAUUUAAUUAAACCUAAACGCAAUCAAAGCCAACAGGAGGAAUCGCCCAAAAUCUUAGAUAAUGCUUUAACACAAGAAGACUCAACUGAAAAGUCAAACCCUCUUAUAGAAGAACCAAUUAUAGAACCGCAAAUUGAACAAACAUCAGGAAUUACCACACAAACUGAAAUUAAUCCAUCAUAUUCGUUAAUAACGCCUGCAAAAACAGAAAAUUCAUUAAUUCUUCCAAAGGAAACAAACGAUGAUCCUCCUGUUAUGCCUGAAUUGAGAGUGAAAUGUUUAUGCAGCUUAACCGCUAAUAGUGAUACCUCAAUGGACACAACUGAUUUAAAGGCUUUCUUUCAAGAAAUGUUUGAAAAGACCCGACGUCUCAGUAAAAAACAUCAACGUCUAGUGAAAAUGACUCUUUUGGAAGCUGUAUCAGAAGCUGAAGAGUUAAUGGAACAAGGCAAAUGUUGCGGUUUUUAAUAAUGAUAAAAUAUUAAUUAAAUAAGAGAUAGAAAGUUAUCACAGAGAACUCAAUUGGCUAAUAACUGUUAUUAUUUUAAAACAAUUCUAUAAUUAUUAUAUUUUUACAUAUUAAAUUGAAGAUAUUUAAUUUACAUUAAAUAAAUAAACAAUUUUUAAGUUUUUAAAGUAAA